CCUUUAUUAAACGAGGUCAAAUUUGGUCAGGUGACUUCAUUGAACCAAAUAUGUAAAAUAUCUUUGAUUGAACGAUAAGAAAAUAAUCUUUAUACGACAUUGCAUGAGCCCAUUGCGCUCUCUCAAACAUCCCCUUUAUAUAUUCAGGGGAUAAAUCCUGACAGAAAAGCUCAUCCUGCGCUACACACAGAUACUUCCACCCCCACGCCAGCCGUCAUUUCCACCCAGCCAAUCCUACCCCUCCCUAGCGCAAGCAAUGCAUGUCCCACUAAAGGGAUUUUAGCACCGGGAGAUUCUUCGCCGCUCACGGAUGGCAACAUGGCGACAGAGGUAGGUGCUAAUUGUGUGUACGGAGUAUUUAACGUGUUGAUUGGAGACAGUUCGACGAACUGUAUUUACAAGGCAUGCCCUCGUUCCCUGUGAUGAAGGUGGGAUCAGAUGGAACCUAAACACAACCAGGGGGAACCAUGUGUGUUCGAAAGCACCGUAGAAAAUAAGUAAACGUUAGCCAUUAACAUUAAAUUCAGGACGUCACUUUUUAGGCUACGCGGCUAAGGAUAUAGGCUUACUCUAUACAUCUGUGCUAAACCAAAGCCGUAGAUCUAUACAGAGACGGUGUCUGUAGCUUAAUCCACAAGUGUAUUGAACAAACGAAAAGGCAUAGCCUAACGUUACAAAGAGGUGAAACUAGCCUUACUUUCAAUAAAUUGUAUGGCACGGGUGUGUUCGAAAUCCGAUUCAAACGGUUUACUACAAGUUACGUUAUAGGAUCACAAAAUCAGAUCAGGCUACGUGAAAACUCCCGAGAUGAUACGUAUACAGUGUCAUCGUCAGGCUAGGAUAUUGAGCUCAUUUUCUGGAACAAGCCUAUACAUGUCUUUGGUUUUUGUUAUAUUGUUGUAUAAAAUUAACAUUGCUAAUAUUAGCUCUUUUUAUUAUCAUAAAAUCUCUGCUCACUUGUAGCGGUAGUUUACAUUGGCCCGCUUGCCUGCCAUGUCGCACGGCCGGUGACGUAGCAGUGUACACAAGUGGGACAUCAAAGAGGAUAAAGAGGCAAUCCUCGUGCCACUAAGCCCCUUUGGUGAAAGCAGUUACCGGUGUAUUGUUUUUGUCAUCGGUCUGGCCGGUAAUCCAUCAACAACGCCGUACGGAGGUCAGGGAUGCUUUCAGGACCGCGGACAGCUACGGACAGAUCAAAACUCCCAUUCUGUCACGAGUCUUUCCAUAAUCUGCAGGAACUGAGACACAGCGCCUCACUGGCCAACAAGGUCUUCAUUCAGAGGGACUACACGGAAGGAACCAUAUGCAGGUUCCAGACCAAGUUCCCAUCUGAGCUGGAGAGCAGGAUCGAGAGGAGUCUGUUUGAAGACACUGUGAAGACGCUGAAUAACUACUAUGCCGAGGCAGAGAAGAUCGGAGGCCAGUCGUACCUGGAGGGCUGCCUGGCCUGCACCACCGCCUACCUCAUCUUCCUCUGCAUGGAGACACGAUACGAAAAAGUUCUGAAGAAGAUCUCCCGUUACAUCCAGGAGCAAAAUGAGAAGAUCUACGCCCCUCGCGGCCUCCUCAUCACAGACCCCAUUGACAGGGGAAUGAGAGUCAUUGAGAUCUCCAUCUACGAGGACCGGGGUUCCAGUGGGUCCAGUUCAGGGAGCAGCUCAACCACCAGCAGCAGUGGGCGAUGACUGCUUCAGAGAACUUCUUCACGGGCCCCACCUGAAACACAACCUCUCACCUGCUUACUUUUAUUUUACUUAGACACACACUCUCACACACACCUACACAC